AUGGAAAUCCAUUGGGGUAAGAUCUGUCCACCUAAAAAAAAACCUGACGUUACCCCUAAUCCAGAUGAAGCUCCAAGUGCAGCUCCAAGUGCAGCUCCAAGUGCAGCUCCAAGUGCAGCUCCAAGUGCAGAAGAUGACCAACAAAUUAAGGCUGCUGUUAACAUUCAAAAAUGGUGGCGUGGCUUACUGGUUCGGCGUAGCCUGAAGUUAGCCGCAAACUGUGCAUUGGUAAUCCAGAGAUGGUGGCGCAAGACACUGCACCAUGCACAGGAGAAGAGAAGGAUAAAGGCCUUGGUGAUGUACAUUUGGCCCGAGAAGUCUACUGUUCUCUUACAGUCAUUGUUUAGGAUGUGGCUUAUGAAAACAAGAUACAAGAAGUAUCAAAAGGCGGCCCAUGUCAUCCAAAACCACUGGCGGAAUUACUGCUUCGUGAAAGCAUCCAGCAUUUAUUCUCUCAACAACCUGGCACAUGAAGGCAUAGAUUUGAACAUUGAAAUUGUUGUUGGGUAA